AUGUUGGACAAAACGAUCUUGGGAGGCAGUUGGGAGAGUGUGAUUUCCCGAGACGAUUAUGAGGUCGAAUAUAGCCAGAGUCCCAGGGGAUCGCCGUUGAAAGAUACGUCAAAUAUUCAAGACGAACAGCCGUAUAUGAUCAGUCGUCACAAUCCAAAUAAGACAUUUCGGCGAGAAUCAGUAAUUGCCUCUUGGAAGAGUCUGAAAAAAGAACGAGAGCAAGCACUGGGAAAGCGCAUCAUUUAUGUAGAUGCUGACAGGUAUGAAGACUACUAUGGGCGUAAUAAGGUAAAAAGAUGUAAGAGCGAAAGGGCAGCUAACAACCCUCGGAUGCCAAAGAAAGUAAAAAGGACAUACUCAGUUCUAUAUAGGUACGAUCCAAACGAAGAAAAAGUAGUCAAGGAGUACAAAUAUCAAGUUGGUAAAGAAGAUCUGUCACCGUGUCAGACACCAAUGCAAAAGUGGCAUUCAGAGCCCUUCCUGAGGCCCGAAAGGACGCCAAAGAAGAAAGUGAAGAGAUCCAUCACAACCCUUUUGAACAUUAAGACAAAACUCUUAAAUAUCUUUAAAAGUUAA